AUGCGACAGUUACAGUAUCUCUUGUCGUUUUUGAUUCUUCCAAAAUGUGCCAACUCAUCGGAAAGACGAACAAGAGAUGUGACUUCAGAACCAUGCAAUUUCCCCCUCUUCACUUAUAGCAAUUUCAGCGCAUUUUGCCAGAUAUCUUAUCACAAGAGUCCAUAUGUAUGCGACCCCGGUGGAAUUCUAUCACGCACUGAGGUUGAAAUGCUUCAAACAACCGCAAAUAAUCACAAUAUGACAUCCUGCUUCUGCGACACUCCUUAUACGCGAUUGCGAUGUCAACGAGGCAUUAAAAUUGCCGUCGUUUUGCUGCCAUAUGUCAGCUGGCAAAGCCUUCGAGCCUGUGAUCCAACAUAUACGACAUCCUCAAUUUCAGCUUCAACCAUUUUAUACGCUCAAUUGUUGGCGUCGCGAUGGCAAGAUCAUUGUGAUGCUGAUGUAAUCUUUCUUUAUAUUCGAGCAUGGCAAACGGAACGUCUUCGAACGCCAAUUCUUAUUCCCCUUUUCGGUGAGAAAUGGCCUCACCUUCGUCGAUUCUCGAUUCCCAUUGUGACGCCUUCGCGAGAAACCACUUUAGUUUCGCUGCAAAACGCCAUAAAUCACGCUGGUCGCUUGAUUCACGUCGAUUCGACGCCGGUGCAUGCAUCGAUUCCACGAUGGGCGCUACUUUUUGGCGGGAUAAUGGUGAUAGUUGUGGUGGCUGCAAUUUAUGUCGCCAAUUGCAUCACACAGAAAAUGGGCCAGCGGAAGCAAAAAUUGUUGGUCCCGAAGCGGGGAAACGAGAAAUUCCGAGCCGGCUUCGGCGGCGGCGUGAUGAUGAAUGGCGCAGGAAGCCAGAAGAAGAAGUCGGUAAUGAUGUUCCGAACAUUCUCCAAGUCAAACUCAAAGUCCAGCAACAACAACAAUCUUUUAUAA